AAAAUAAAGAUCUAAAAACAUUUUUCGUAUUCAAAUUUAGGGACAACUUGCAAUCAGGCUGUGGACCUGAACCUUUGUCCCUGUCUUAGAGCUAAGACUUAUAAGUCUUCUUGCUACAGUUCUUUGUUGAUUCACCAUGCAAAUAUAUUGCAAAACCCCAAGCAAAUCUUUUUCUGAAUACCUCUCAUUAGUAUACCAAGCAAGAGGCCUUUCUGGAGCUAAAUACCUAUGUUAGAGGAAGGAUCUUUUUCCUUCAUGUAGCAGGAUGAAGGAACCUCAGCCCUAUACGUUUCCCCAGUUCUGUUCAGGACCAUGCAGGGAUCCUGACUCUUUUGCACCCUCUCCUGUGCCUACUUCAGCAGAGCUAGUCAGCUGCUCUCCGAGGAAGUUUUAUCUUUAUUAGACUAUGAGGCAUUUUUUUUUUUGGAGACUGAUUCUUGCCUACUUAUCAGGCUCAAGAUAAGGAAGCUGUCAGAUGUUUCAGAAUCAGCCAGAUGUUGUGAAUAUAAUUAGCUGGGUUAUGGCUGUAUUUUUGGUUUAGUAGUUUCUAGAGUGGUUGAGUGUUCUUGCUAGGGCUAAGCUCACUAGAAUUCAAAUCCUGCCAGUGGCACAAUGUAAUUGUGUGACCCUGGGGAGGAAACCUAAGCUCUCGGUGCUCCUGGGAAAUUCUCUAUGACUAAGUAGUCCCUGAAUAACUGUCUGCUUAGGUGGAGGGAGUUUCUUCCACAGGCACCCCUACAUCUCUGAAAUCACAAGUUCAGACCAAAAAUAUAAGUUUCCGACAUUUGGUUUGAGGUAUUUCUAGAGUUUUGAUAAACUCUGAAACCAUCAAGCUCUCCAUUGAAGAUCAAAGGCAAAUAAAUCACUUAGCUUUCCUGGAACUUAGUUCCCUACUUUAUAAAAUCAGGAGUUUGCACUGGAUGGCCUCAAAUUUUCCUUCCAGCUCUGGACAAACACCUGUUUUGGUUGCUAGAACAAGGACAGAUUUGUGUCAGAACUCUGGAGAAAAGAAGAUGGCAUGACACUGAAAAUAAAUAAAAAGGUGCUAUUAGACUUCACUUGACCAGAUGUGAAUAAGGCUUUUCUUUGAAGAUAGUUUAUUUUAUUUUGCUUCUUUGAUCAAAGAGAACUUCAGCAUUUUUUAGUGUCAGGAAAAGAGCAGAAUAUUUGUUUUCUUUAAGAAAUCUCAAACUAGUUCUAGUUUCAGAACUGGUACUCUUCUCGUUUCCAUUGUUGCAUCAAUAUCAAUCAAAAUCAAUAUCAAUCAAAAAACAUCAAUAAUGUUGUUUUCCUCAUUCUACUAUUUCCACCUACAUCAGUUCCUAAAAACUUUCUCAUGCUUCUCUGGAUUCAUUAUACUCAUUAUUUUCUUUGGCAUGGCAAUAUUUUCUUGAAUAAUAGGGUAAGACAAAUAUUUGUGUGCCAUAAUUUGUUUAGCCAUUCUUUAGUCUAUGGACAUCUAUUUUUCAAUAGGUAUUGAAUAAUAUCUAAUAAAUGUAUUUAUUAAUCUAUAUACUUGGCAGUGUACUAGAUUGUAAAUAAGCCUUGCACUCAAGGAACUUACAUUCUAAGGGAGAAAGCAGCAUGUUCAUGGUCAGUAUAUUGGUUUAUUAUUACUUACACUUUUUUCUUGUAGGUGAAGGGUCUAUGAGAGUGGAGGAGUAUGGUAUUAAGAAAGGAGAACAAAGUUAAAAAACUGUAAACAUUUUUUACAAAUUCCUUCUAGAGAGGCAGCUAGGUAGCACAGUGUAUAAAGUGCUGUGCCUAGAAUUGGAAGGAUCUGGGUUCAAAUCUAGCCUCAGACCCUGGGCAAGUCAUUUAACUCCAAUUGCCUAGCCCUCACUAUUCUUCUGUCUUAGAAUUGAUACUAAGACAAAAGGUAAGGGUUUAAAAAAAGUCCUAGCAUUGAUUACAACCUAGGAGUUUUUUGUGGAAUUGAAAUCACAUGAGUUCUCAGGUCACCGAAGCUUGCCUUAUCUCCAACUCUCUCAUAAUCUUUGUGACACAUGAAGAGGUAGAAAGUUGUGUUACAAAAUUCUAUAUAAAUUUGGGAAUUUCUAUAAUUCUAGAACAGUUUUUCUUCUCAAUGUAGCACAUGCUCUUGAGCUUCUAACCGAACUUCCAUUUACAAUGGCAAAGUGGGCUCCCAUAACUCAGCUAGCUAUAUAUCCCCUGCAUGGCUUUAGGGGUAGCCUUGAGAGUUUGAGAAUGUUUUUCUAAUAUAAUAUCUUAUAAACCUCCACUUGGGUGCCUCCCUCUGUGAUUAUAUAAUUGAUAUCACUUGAUAUCAACUAGUUAGUCAAAUUCAGCUUCUGUUGUUGUUGAGUCAUGACUUUGCUAUCCUAUGAACCAUAUUGUCCAUGGGGUGUUCUUGGCAAAGAUACUGGAGUGGUUUGCUAGUGGAUUAAGGUAUUGAUUACGUGGGUAUAAUAAGAACAUUUGGUACAAAUAUUUCUCCAAGAAUCUAAGAUGUUUUUCUGUAAGUACAUACUACUGAAUCUUUAGUGGGGCAGAUUCCAGUUUGGAGAGUCCAUGCAGUGAAGGGGUAACUUUCUUUCCUUUCAUGGGAGUGUUCAUGUGGCAUCUCUUAGGCAAGGUGUAGAGUGCUGUCUCCUUAUAGAGUACUGAAGCUACCUUUCCUUUGACAAAUUUAAUUUAUCCUCAGAUCCUAAUUUGGACACUGUUACCAGUUACUGCUCUUCUGAGUAUACAGCUAGGAUGCUGAUAAGAAGUCCAAAUCUGCUGAUAUUCCAAAAUUCAUGAGGUUCUCUUCUUGUCAAGAUGACAUUGAUGGCUAAGGCUCUUCUCUCAAGUAAUUCUAUUUCAGGAUCUUAGCUAAUUGUAUUGUUUUUCUCUUUAAAGUUGCCAAACAUUUAAAUUUGAGGUUUGAUUUGGCUUGCUAUUUGCUAAAAAGACGAACAAGGAUUUCCAGAUGUCCAGAUCUUCCAAGGUCUCUUGGAUUUCUUCUAAUAAUGACUUUGGUAUAGUCUUGAAGUACAAAGUAAGUUUCAUCAUUAAGAAUUGCCUUUUUUGGUCUUCAUAGCUCCAGGCUUACUAUUGUCUUGCUGAUAACAUUUUGUAGCAAUGAUUAGCAGUUGUUUUUUAAAAUUAGCUUUCACACUAUUUUUCCAACUUUAAGAAGUCUCCAUUACACUGUAGAGAAGCCAAUAACAAUACCACCGAUUACCAGGUUCCUCUGAAGGUUUUUGCUUGUUUUCUGUGGAUUAAUUUAAUUUUUUAUAUAAGUACUUUAUAAGUUCUUGUCUUUGUUUUUAUUUUAGACUAUAUUUUCCUUUGAGUCUUGGUGUGAUUGAUUUUGUUUCAUCAUAGCUCUAAAUAAUCCUUGAAUUUCUUGUGUCUCCUACACCAACAGCCACUGCAAUAUCUCUAAUGGUCAUUGAAGAGUGGCUUUUAAGAGCUAUACCUUUUACACAUUUCUUUGGAAUAACAGAUGACUUUGUGCAACUCUGCCUCACUUAAACCCAAUUCGUGGGCAAGAGUAGAUAAACAUCAUUCUGUGAUGCCAUUGGUCCUCUUUGAAAACAAAGGACAAACAAUAGCAAUGACAACAAUAUAGCAUAUACAGAGCACUUUGUAAUCCUUGAAGUGCUAUAUAAUGCAAGCUGUUAUUGCUCUAAACCAUGUAAUUUUUAAAGAGAUCAAUGAAAUAUGUGUUUAUGGCACAAAAACCAAAACUUAACUGAUAGAGAAUAACUAAAUGAGGAGAAAACAGCUUACUAUGAUUCAGAUUCCCUCUAGUCAAGGUCAGAUGUCUGAGUCAGUCUACAGUUAGUAGAAGCAUACAUGCAAAACCACUGUAGUCCUAAAAUGAAACCAUAUUAAAAUGACUGCUUUUUCCCAAGGAAGUCCCACACUACUAUAGAGAUUGUUGUUGUUUAGUCAUUUCAGUUAUAUCCAACUCUUCAUCACUUCAUUUGGGCUUUUCUUGGCAAAGAUACUAGAUUGGUUUGUCAUUUCCUUCUCUAACACAUUUUACAGAUGGGAAAACUGAGGCUAACAGGGUUAAGUGACUUACCCAGAGUCACACAGCUAGGAAGUAUCUGAGGCUGAAUCAACCUGAGGAAGAUGAAUCUUCCUAUCUUUUGACUUGGGGCUCUAUCCACUUUGACUUCACUCUGGUGAUUUCUCAUUAGCUUAUCAUUGACAAUGGGAGGUGAUGGUGUUUUAAUUAUAGAAGAAGGUGAAGAAAUGUGGUAUAAUAUGAAAAGCAACAGACUUAAAGUAAGAGGAUUAGGGGUAGAAUUCUAGCAUGGUUCAUGUGACUUCAGAAAAGUUGCUUCCCCGCUCUGGGCUCCACCAUACAUUGAGGGUGUUGGGUCAAAUAUUUUCUCAAAUCCUUUCCAGCUUAGAAAUGGAAUGAUGCAGAAGAAAGAGAAUGGCAUUUGAAAUCAGAGGACCUGGGUUUGAAUCUUGCCUCUGAUACUUAGUAGCUAUCAGUUAGCCAGUAAGUAUUUAAGUCUUCCUUAUUUGCUAAUGUCCUGUGCUAUCUUGGGCAAGUCAUAUAUCCUCCCUAGCCCUAUAAAAUGAAGGAUUAGAUAGCCUCUUUUGUCCCUUCCAUCUCUGAAUAAAUGAUUCUAUGUCUAUGGGCUUCCGUUUCCUUAUUUGUAAAAUAAGAGUCAGAGGAAAGAGCUCUAAAAUUCCUUCAAAUGCUAACAUUUCUUCCAUCCAAAACCAAAGGCAAAUAAACAAAAACUCAACUCCUUAAGAGUAGGGAUAAAUUUUGUUUUAGUUUGGUUUUUAAGUAGAAUAGAAAUGGUAAAUCCUUUGAUGAUUGUCAGAUGGUUGCUAACUCUCAGAUAAUCCAGGGUAUUUUUCCUUCUUUUCAUCCCCAGAGCUUAGCACAGUGCUUGACACAAAGUCAGCACUCAAUAAGUGCCUGCUGGCUGACUAUACUGACUAUUUAAUCAGUGUCUUCUUUUCCUGCCCCAGAGGAAUCAUUCCUCAGGAAUUCGCCAGAAAAUCAAGAGUAUCCUCUCUAGAUGCUUCUUUAAGAGGGAAGCUUCUGAAGGUACCAGAUAACCUCCCAUUAUUUUGGUUUGUGAAAUGCUCUAGUCCAGGGAAACCUAACUACAUUUUGUGUGUCUCAACAGAACUCCUUGUAAGUCUGGUGAAACUUACAAAAGCCUUCUCUGAAUCAUGUAUUUAAAUAGUUAAGACAAAUUACUUAAGGUCACAUAGGAACCUAAUUGUAAGUUGAGAUAAUUUUACAAAACUACACGUAGGAAAAAGGUUCAUGCAACCUUUGCUCCCAAGUAAACUAUAAAGUCUCUCUUUUGGCAUUUAAGGUUCUAACCUUGGAGGUAUCUGGUAGUAUGGUGGAUAAAGAACUGCAGUGGAAGUCAGAAAGACCUGAAUUUAAAUCUAGCCUCAGACACUUAGAAGCUAUGGGACCCUGAGCAAGUCAUACCACAUUGGUCAGCCUCACCAUCCUAACCUGUAAAAUGGGAAUAAUAAUGGCGCAUACCUGUCAGACUUGUCAUAGGAGUAAAGUGAGAGAAUAUUUUAAAGUGCUUCAUAAACUUUAAAGCACUUUAAAAGUUCCAGCUAUUAUUAUUAUUAUAAGGGCAGGUAGAUGGCACAGUGGAUAGAGUAGGAAGCCUGAUCUUUCUGAGUUCAAAUCUGUCCUCAGACACUUACUAGCCAUGUGACUCUGUGCAAAUCAUUUAAACCUGUUUGCCUCAAUAUCCUCAUCUGUAAAAUGGUCAGGAGAAGGAAAUGGCCAACCACUCUGGUAUCUUUGCUGAGAAAACCCCAAAGAGGAUCAUGAAGAAUCAGAACUGAAAUGAUUCAACAUUAAGAGAAACAAUGUUAUUUCUAUUAUAGUGAAAUAAAAGGAUGAUACUUCUGUAGAGCAAUGCGGAUACUCUUUUUACUAGUGCAGACUCAUUCUCUCAUGCCUCCCUGGGUUGGGUGAUUCCAACAGCCAAAGAGACCUCCCUCUUCCUUUUCCUUUCUUUCAGCCAUGGGUGCCAGCUAACAAUCAAUCAUCCCAUAACCAGCCCAUCCUCUUUUCUAACCCAUCAUCUUUUGGCUGAUAUCCCUUCCACCCUUGAGGGUAGGUCAUAAUGGAACUAGGCUGAGAUCUACUUAUACCUACCUGCAUGAAUCUGUUGUCCUUCUGGUCACUUACAUUUGAAUUUCUCGAAGAUUGUGCUGCUCUUACAUUUGCAACCCUACCAAUGCAUAGCUGAAGAACAUUUGUACCAAGUUGAAAUGGCCCAUGUGAAAAUGGAAUAUAGUAAGAAAUGCCAACUUCUAUUCAAUCAGUAACUAAAAUUCCAGCACGAGUCCAAGAUGUCAUAAAAUGACAUCAUCUGAUAUAUUAUUUUUGCUAGGAAGAAAGAGCACACAGAGCACAUGGUGGGGUUGACCAUUCGCUUUGUUUAUUUUACACCAAAGGGACCAGAGUGACCAAAAGGAAGCUCAGUCUCUGAAGAGCUUUGAGAUACUUGCCACCAAGAGAAAGGUUUCUGGCUUAUAGAACCCUCUGGCACCAGACACGUGCCUCACAAAGAGUUACAAAUUUUUCCCCUGUAAGGAAGUUAAUCAGUAAGCCACCUAACCUCUGGCCUCUGUUACUCCUUACUAAGUUUCAAAGGAAGUCCUAGUUUUCAGUUUUUCACUUGCUGUGGAUAGGCUAAAGAAUGGUAAUGCAGUUUCAGGGUCUGGAAAAUCUAGUUCAAGACAGUCCCCGGGAGAGCCCAAGUUCUUCUGGAAUUGGAGAAAUGCUUGGAUUGAAGACAGCUAAAGGUGUGCUUACAGAGCAACCAGGGCACCUGGGGCCGGAAACUGACCUGUCACCUUAUACACAGUAUGGAAAUAUUCCAUUUUCCCAAGUCCAGCCACAGAUUUCCUCAUCCCCCUAUUAUCCCAACCUGGGCUUCUACCCCCAGCAGCCUGAGGAAUGGUACUCUCCUGGAAUGUAUGAGCUCAGACGAGUGCCCUCAGAGACUCUCUACACCAGGGAGCCUGAGCUGGUGGACGUCCCGGUAACCAAGAAGCCCCGGAUGGGCUCAUCAGCAGGGAGGAUGAAGGGAGAAGAACUCUGUGUAGUUUGUGGAGACAAAGCUUCUGGAUACCAUUAUAAUGCACUGACUUGUGAGGGGUGCAAAGGCUUCUUCCGGAGGAGCAUAACCAAAAAUGCUGUGUACAAAUGUAAGAACGGUGGGAACUGUGAGAUGGACAUGUACAUGAGGAGGAAAUGUCAGGAGUGCCGCCUAAGGAAAUGCAAGCAGAUGGGGAUGUUGGCUGAAUGUAUGUAUACAGGCUUGCUAACUGAAAUCCAAUGUAAAUCUAAACGAUUGAGAAAAAAUAUGAAGCCACCUUCUGAUCGGUCAGCCAAUGAAGACAGCGAAGGGCCUGACCUGAGACAAGUGACAUCUACCACAAAGUCAUACAGGGAGAAAAUGGAACUUACUCCAGACCAACAGAACCUUCUACAUUAUAUCAUGGAUGCUUACAGUAAACAGCGAAUGCCUCAAGAAAUAACUAAUAAAAUUUUAAAGGAAGAAUUCAGUGCAGAAGAAAAUUUUCUCAUCUUAACUGAAAUGGCUACUAGUCAUGUGCAAGUCCUUGUGGAAUUCACAAAAAAAUUACCAGGGUUCCAAACCUUAGACCACGAAGAUCAGAUUGCUCUGCUGAAGGGGUCUGCCGUUGAAGCCAUGUUCCUGCGAUCAGCAGAGAUUUUCAAUAAGAAACUUCCUGUGGGACAUACCGAUCUGUUAGAAGAAAGAAUUCGCAAGAGCGGUAUUUCGGAUGAAUACAUAACUCCUAUGUUUAAUUUUUAUAAAAGCAUCGGAGAGCUGAAAAUGACUCAAGAAGAAUAUGCUUUGCUCACAGCAAUUGUCAUCUUAUCACCAGACAGACAAUACAUAAAGGACAGAGAGUCUGUGGAGAGGCUUCAGGAACCAUUGCUGGAAGUUCUACAAAAACUGUGCAAGAUCCAUCAACCGGAAAACCCUCAACACUUUGCCUGCCUCCUGGGACGCCUCACAGAACUGAGAACAUUCAAUCACCAUCAUGCAGAGAUGCUGAUGUCCUGGAGAGUGAACGAUCAUAAGUUUACUCCACUCCUCUGUGAAAUCUGGGAUGUCCAGUGCUAAACUUCAGGCCCAAGGGCUGGGGUUGGGGGUUGAUGGUAGGGAUGGAGUGGACUGCAGGUUAUUUUCAUAAAAAAUAUGAAUUAGUUUUAUGACUAUUGUAUUUGUACUUAGAUUUCACACUGCUGCUUUCUUUAGUAUUUAUGGAGUAAUUCACCAGUCUUCCCAACCAUUCACAGGAGAGGAAGAGCUCAUGGUAGAAGGGCUCUUUGGGGGAUGAUGGUUCUCAUAAGAAAGACUCACUCCCUGGGACCAGCCUGUUCAGCUUGGGAAAUCCACACGAUUGUGGCUUCAAUUUUCUUUAUCAUAAUGGGGGAAGCUCUUGUUUUGUUCCUUGACUUCUCUGUACUGCAAAGACUUUUAUUAAAGGCAUAUGUCCAAACACACUGUAAUCAACUAGCAAACAA